GCCACCAUACAGCACAGUUUUUUUAAUGGAAACCAUAACCCAAACAUCACUAAUCUAUUAAUUUAUUAUUUACAUUUUAAGUUUUAACAAGAAAUGCAGUAAAUGACACACCAUCUAAUUAUUUCAACCUUUUAACAAUCUCUACAAGCAUGAGUGGUCCAAGGAUGAAUGCGGCCCCUAUCAAUGGGAACAGCAGAAGGCCUAAUUACGUGAGGGUACCGCCUAUAGAACGACCGUCUUCAUCGCAACACGACGACCUUAUUAAGUUCAUUCAGGAAUCUUGGAGUAAGGUUUCGCAGGAAGUCGGUAGGAACGCGGGUAAUACGGCGACCUAUUAUCGCGAGCAGGAGCCUGAAAUGUUGAAGAAUUUCGAACCGUUUGACCUAGACGCGUAUUGGGGAAAGCGAGGUAUACAGAACGUACAACACCAAUGAUGACUAGUUGCUCACUUUUAGUUUUGUUAAAUAAUUUUUAGAUUUAUUGAAUACUUUUAUAUGUGACACCAUUUUUAUCUGACGAUUUACAGCUAUUUGUAAAGAAUCUGCGCAUAGUAGACGACACGUCGUGAAUAAAUCUCUCUAAACUAUAAACCCUGUUGAUAUUGUAUAAGCUUGAUGAGUGUCGCUUGUUUGUUAAGAAAAAAUCUACUUAUUAUUGCGUGUUUACACAGCGUGAUUGCAAAGAUUGUGUGUUUUGUAUGCCGCUUUAAAAUGAUAGUAUUAUCAAGCAAUAAUCGAUUUGAUUGUGAGUUGUUACGACCACUUAUUAUAGAAGUCAGAUAACUUUCAUAGAUCUUUACAAAUAUUAUGUAUCUACUGUAUUUCAAAAAGACGUAUUACCUUUUACUUUUGUACCUACUUAUAUCAUUGUUCUUUAUUUGUCUUGAAAUGAUAAUAAAACAUUUAACAGUU